AUUGAAAUAGAAAGAUAUGAUAGAUAUGAAAGACAAAUUGCAAACUUUUAUAAUAACAGACAAGUUGCUUCUCUAUCAAAUAAUAAUACUCUCACAAAUAAUAUUAAUGAACUAAAUCAAACACUAAUAAAUAAUGAUCAAAAUAAAAAUGAUUUAGUCAACUUAAGAAACCAAAAAUAUAAUACUCUAUUGUAUGAUACUAUUGAAAGUGAAAUAAAAGAAGAUAAUGAUAAACAAUUAUUCGAAGAUAGUGAAAAAUAUGAUCUAUUAAUACAAACUUUGAAACAAUCUUUCCUAGACUCAUUACAUACUGUAGAACAAUUGCAAUAUUUAAAAAAACAACUAUUAUUAGAAAGAAGAAUUAUAUUAAAUAGAAAAAAAAUAGAUAAUGUAAAUGAUGCUUUCAAACCACUAGUUAAAAAUCAAGCAUAUUUGAACAAAAUUGAUAAAAUAUUAGAAAAAGAUAACUUAGAUGAGAUGUCAGAUAAUAAAAAACAAAAACAAGCAUCUAGAAGAAUGAAGAAAAUAAGAGAAAAUAUUA